GGAAAACGUGCAGCCCCCUUGGAGCUGCGGCUCCAUCGCAGUCGCUACGCGAACGUCCCGUCGUGGCAGCCUCGCGCGGGACCAAAUCCCACAGCCCUUAUUUAGGGAAGGAGGCCUCUGGGGUGCUGGCCAGGAUAGGGGCUGAGAAACGUGGGCCUGACUGCCUUAAAAAGGGGCUUCUAGCUCCGAGGUAACCUCAGAAAGGCAACUUGUCGGCCGUUUGGGAUCCUCAGGCGACGCCUCGCCCGGCUCAGGCCCUUUCCCCCGUUUAGGAAGGAGCCGCUGUAAAUCCUGACGUCACGCGCGUGGCAGUCGCGUUGCUGGGAGGCUGGCAAGGGCGGCGAGCGAGGGGAGCCAGCUGGCCGAGGAGGAGUUCGGAGGAGCCGAGAGGGAGGCAGACGCGCGGAGCGGCUUGAGAGUUCGUGGGCGCCGUGGCAGCUUUGAUGUGUGUCGUUAUGCCCGAUCACGUCGACGUCAGCCUCCCGCCGGAGGAGCGAGUCCGAAGCCUGAUCCAGAUGGGGAGCGCUGUGGAAGUGAACGAGGAUGUGCCGCCGCGGCGGUAUUACCGCUCCGGAGUGGAAAUUCUCCGCAUGGCUACCGUUUACUCAGAGGAAGGCAAUAUCGAGCGUGCCUUCAUUUUGUACAACAAGUACAUCACGCUCUUCAUAGAGAAGCUGCCCAAGCACCGUGAUUACAAAAACACUGUCAUACCCGAAAAGAAGGAGACGAUGAAAAAACUGAAAGAAGUAGCGUUCCCCAGAGCUGAAGAGCUCAAGAAGGAGCUAUUAAAGAGGUACGCCAAGGACUAUGCUAAGUACAGCGAGCGGAAGAAGGAGGAGGAAGAGGAAUUUGCACGCAACUUGGCUUUGCAACAGCAGCUGGAAGAAGAGAGGAAUCGGGUAGCUCUAAUGAAGCAGCAGCAGGCAGAGCAAGAGCAGUUUCAUGCCUUUGAGGAGAUGAUUCGACGGCAGGACCUGGAGAAGGAGCGUCUGAGGAUAGUGCAGGAAUUUGGCAAGCCGGAGCCAAGUCCCGAAUCUCUGGAUGGGCCCCUCGUCCCUGGCGUGGAAAAGCCCCCAACUGAUUUGAUCUCAAAGGUUCCUGUCUCUCCAGUUCAGCCUGCAAGUCCAUCAGUGGGGAUUGUGUCAUCCAAACCUCCUGUUGUGGACAGAUCUUUGAAACCUGGUGCUUUGGGGAUCACGGAAAACAAUGCAAGUAUGGAUGUACUUCGUCAGGUCAUCGUCCCUAGGGAGCUCUGCCAGAAAUUCCUCCAGCUGGCUGAUGCCAACACGGUCCGGGGUGUGGAGACAUGUGGGAUUCUCUGUGGGAAGCUGAUGAGGAACGAGUUCACGAUAACGCACGUCAUCGUUCCCAAGCAGUACGGAGGCCCCGACUAUUGCAACACGGAGAACGAGGAGGAGCUCUUCCUCAUCCAGGAUCAGCACGGCCUCGUUACACUAGGCUGGAUCCACACUCACCCCACGCAGACGGCCUUCCUCUCCAGCGUGGACCUGCACACGCACUGCUCCUACCAGAUGAUGUUGCCGGAGUCCAUUGCUAUUGUUUGCUCUCCAAAAUACCAGGAGACGGGCUUUUUCAAGCUGACGGAGCACGGCCUGGAGGAGAUCUCGUCCUGCCGGCAGAAAGGUUUCCACCCGCACUCCAAAGACCCCCCGCUCUUCACCACCUGCAAUCACGUGACGGUAACGGAGAGGGACGUGGUACUGAUGGAUCUCCGCUAGGCCUCUUGCCUUAACCGUGUUCCCUGUGAACCACCUACCCUCCGCCUAGGCCUAGGGAAGAUUUGUUUCCUCCCGUAGCAGAUGAUUUCUACCGUGUAGCGACCCUUCUCCUCCCUCCCCCAGUAAUCGCGGUUGAAAUUGGUAACCCGACCUCAGUGGGAGCAGGCGAAAUCUCGGUGCCCGGCGUCGGGCUCGCGAAGCGCUGUUGAGGUUCAGGGCGUGGGGAAAAGCUAACUGGAAACGCAAAGACCGAAUCUAACACUGAAGCGGGCGUGUAAUUCCUUAAUCCUGUGGCGAGACCACCUUCUCGGGGAGCUCCCCGUGAGCUUCUGCCACCCCGAGGCGUGGCGACCUCCUCAAGUGCUUUUCGAAGUGGAACUUGCCCAAAUUAACUCGUGCUCUGCUUUGCUGCUCUUUCCUGAUCGCUAAACUGUGCCCUCAGCCCGGCUGGUUGGAGUUGAUGAGCGUUUGGUGUGGUUUUAAGAUCAAAUCCCUCCUAGCCCCUCUUGCCCCACACGAGAACCGAUGUGUUUGCAGCCCCCGCUGUGUCCUGCUCGCUGGUGCUUGGGCGAGGUGAGAAGGGGCCCAACCCUCGUGCUUUCUCCUGCCGUUGGAGGCCCGCGUUUUGGGGAGAAGGCGCUCAGAUGCAGUCCUGCUUCGCACGAGCUGCUUAAUUGCAGCAACGAGGAGGGACGUCUGCUUAUUUCAGUCCUUUUCCUGGCCGGGGGGGUUUCGCUCUGGCCGCUGAGCCGGGCCGGGUGAGGGGGUUUGGGGUCGGCUCGUGCCGGUGCCGCCGCGGAGGAGGCGCUCGGCUGCCGCGUGUCGGGCGAAGGCUCCACGAGGCCGUCACCCGCCGUGCGGCGUGCGAGGACUCCGCGGCCCGGCCGCUUCCCGGGAAGGGAGCCAGGCUGGAGUCGCCUUUCCAUCUGGGAUACGUACGUACGUGUUACGCAUGUAACGGGCUGCUACGUCUACCUGCAAAACGGCAGAGGGAAUUCUUCGGUGUACAGUUUAAUACAGAUGGAUUCUCUUA